CGGACGUGGUCUCCGUUGUUGCGUGUGGAGCCCAGAUAUGCACGCUGGCGACACUGAUUUGCGGCAGUGUCUGUUUAGUAUUCAUAUUGUAUUUUUUAUACUAUCCACUUAUUUGUAACUUUUUUGAUAAAGAAAUAUAAUUUACAAAAAAUCUAACGAUGUUUCGCAAAGUUAUUUUACAAGUGCGCAAUCAAGCCGGUAGACUAAAUAAUAUACGAUUUUUAUCGGAAGAAAUGAACGAGACCACAAAGGUAGAAAAGACUAUAAAUAAAGUAACUUUACUUGGAAGAGCUGGGGCAGAUCCACAGAAACGAGGAAGCACAGAGAAUCCAGUUGUAAUAUUUUCUCUCGCAACACAUACAAAUUAUAAAUAUGACACAGAUAAGUUUAUGCAGAAAACAGAGUGGCAUAAGAUAUGUAUUUUCAAACCUGGUUUAAGGGAUUCUGUGUAUGAUUAUUUGAAAAAGGGUCAGCGUGUACUGGUAAAUGGCAAGUUAAAUUACAGUGAAUUUAAAGAUGACGAAGGAAAUACUCAUCCCAGCACAACUAUUAUCGCAGAUGAGGUUAUAUUGUUCCAAUAAAUAGUACCUGUCUUAGAUUUAAGCGUGUACAUUUAAAUAUUUUUAAGCAUCUUGUUCCUUUUUAAUAAAGAUUUCAAUAUAGAAAAA